CUCUUUGACUCUCGGGUGUUUUUAAAAUGUCCGGGUUUCAGGAUUUUAAAGAUUUAUUCAGACGGAGGCUGGGAGAGCUGACAGGACCAACAACAACAUGCGGUUACGUAGAGGAGCUCCGUCGACAAAGAAAACCUCUGGAUGUGAUUUUAACACCAGGAAUGAAGCUGCAGAGCGCAGUGCUUCCUGCAGACAUCCAGCAGGUGUCGGUGGGUGAAGUAGAGCCUUCUGAUCAGCAGCAUUGGACCCUGAGUCUGGACCAGCAGCAGACUGAGCCUCCGCAUAUUAAAGAGGAGCAGGAAGGUCUGUGGAGCUGUCAGGAGGGACUGGAGGAGGCUGAUAUCAUCAAGUUCACAUUUAAUCCCAUUUCUGUAAAAAGUGAAGAUGAAGACGGGAACCCUCAGUCAUUACAGCUUCAUCAAAUACAAAUUGAACAGAUGGGAACAGAAGCUGAUGGAGAGGACUGUAGAGGACCAGAGCAGACCAGGAACUCGGAUCCAGAGAGACAUUUACACUAUGAGAUUGAGGUCAACAUCGAAGGCUCUUCUGAAGCUGAGACUGACGACAGCGAUGAAUGGAUGAACACCAGAGAACAUCAGUCAGGUUUAAAUUCUGAGGAAAAUCAUAAAGCUCAAAAUCCAAAGUCUGAUAAGAUUUCACAUUUCUGCUCUGAGUGUGGAAAAACGUUCAAAACAAAUUCUACUCUGUCCAGACACAUGUUAGUUCACACAGGAGAGAGACCCUUCAGUUGCUCUCAGUGUGGUAAAAGAUUUAAGCGUAAAGGCAGUCUGACUGAGCACAUGUUGGUUCACACUGGAGAGAAACCCUUCAGCUGCCCUGAAUGUGCCACAAGAUUUACCCAGAAAAGUAGUCUGACUAGACAUAUGAUGAUUCAUGCAGGAAAUAAACCCUUCAGUUGUUCUGAGUGCAAUAAAAAAUUCAAUGAUAAAGCAAAUAUGAUCAGACACAUGAAAAUUCACACUGGAGAAAAGCCCUUCAGCUGCUCUGAAUGUGUCCGUACAUUUAAAGAAAAGUCUCAUCUGAAAAUUCACAUGGCACAUCACAGAGGGGAGAGACUCUUCAGCUGCUCCGAGUGUGGUAAAAGAUUUAAUUUCAAAGGAAAUCUGACACAGCAUAUGAUAAGUCACACAGGAGAGAAACCAGUCUGCUGCAAUGUCUGUCACCGAAGAUUCUCCAGGGGUUAUCAGUUAAAAAGACACAAGUGUGUUGCUGAUCAGGCACCAGAGCCACAUAGACACCACACAAAACUGAAAAGAGGGGCGAAAACAGGAGAUGAAGAGGAUUUUGGAGCACUAGAACAAGCCAGGAAAUCGGAGCCAGAGAGACGUUUAAAAGCAAGGACUGGUAUCAAGAAAAGGAGCACAACCAGCAAUUAGCUGAACCUCAAACCUAGUAAAUGGCUCUUAUUUAGCUAGAAUGCCAUGAAAACUUAACUCAUGUAUUUUAUCUUAUUUUAACCAUUACUAGUUUUAUUGUAAAACAGAUUAUUUUUGUUUUAAUGCAUAGUCUCCUAACUAUAUUGAUAUAAGGAUUUGCACCACUGUUUAGGCCUGUUGGAGGAACAAGAAGCAAAUGAGAGAAAAGUGUUUCAAACUUUUUCAUCUGAGGGACUUGAAAUAUAAACCUCACUGUGACUUUUGACUGCUGGACAUCAAAGAUGAUCGUUAACAAAGAAAUAUCAGAUAUGUGCCUUCUCUUCAAAUGCUAAUGCAUUACUGAUGUUCUCCCAGUAUAAACAAGAUCUACUUCACUGAUUAUAGGUGAUCCAGUGUUUUCUCUGCUGUUUAUUUGAGUUGAUGGCCUUCCUCUUAUAUUAUUUUAUACUAGCUGUAGAUUUAGAGUAUCAGCUUUGAUUAUCACCUAAUCAUUAAUCUUGUCAUAUUUUACAUUCCUGUUCAUUGCUGGCCAAUUUUUAUUAAGAAUAUUUGAUGGUAGAUCUGAAUUAAUACUUCUAGUUUACAGCCAUCAAAUCUGAUCACCUGUGGUAUGUUCUGGUGUCUGCAGCUGAGAGAAGCAAUGUGUGAAGGGAUAGACUGAUCUGAAAUUGAUUUAACAUCAGUAACAGCUGAUCUCAGCCCUGAUGGCAAACAUCAGCCAUCAGAAAAGAACGUGGCAUUAAUAGACAUCAGCAGCCACUGUUGUCCCAUCAGUGUAAUGCUGGAAUCUGGCACACCUAAAUGCUGAGUCAAAUAAGAGAUUUUAUUUACUUAAUUUACUGAUCUGUUUUCAUGGUCUAACAUUAGAGAAGAUGGCAUACAACAAAUGUGACUCCAGAAGAAGCACUGAAUUAGUAUUGGCUAGAUUGUUAUGUAAUCAUAGGUAUCGGCCAAUUUUUUAUGAAUAUCUCUAACAUGUAAUGUAGUGGGAUUAUGUAGGUUAAUUGUAUUGCCAACCAAUGAGUAUUAAGCAUUUGUAAACCAGAUUAAACUAAAAUUCAGUCUUCUGCUGCUAUAGGUCAGUCGUCCUUCAAUGAAGCCAUAGCUGCUAUGAUAAAAAUCCUCCACAUUUGGAAACAAGUCCAAUUAUUUUAAAAUUUCAUCCAAUCAUGAAAUCUGAGUUGAAUUGAAAUAAAAGUGGGUUAGUAACCAAAUGAGGUGACAUAAAGUGGCUUGGUGAAGUGUUUAAGGUCAUGUUGGCACAUGAGCGUUAGGCAAAGAUAGGUAAAACUUAAUCAUGAUAUGUUCCAAUGGAACUUUAAGAAAAGGACGUUUUAAUUUUGGCCAGAAACUCUGAGGUGCUCAGAAAUCUCUGGUUCAACUAAGAGUAACCGUUCUGUAACACAUGGAGUAUCCAAAAGAGACUGUGAUGUGCCCCUCUGUAAAUCUUUUUUUUUUUUUCUGUUUAGGGGAUUAAAAGUGAAACCUGUAGAGUUUCA